AGGCAGUCCAGCCGCACGCUGGACCCCCGGCCCCGUUCCUGCAGCCCUGCGUCCGCCGCUCGCCUGCCGCCCAAGCCCCUGCCUCGGAUUGCUGGGCUGGUGUCUGCUGGGGAACUGAUGCCUUCGAUCCAGACUUACCGCCGAUGGCUCUGAUCUCCUUUGCCGGCUCCUCAACACCCAGCCUAGGACCCUCGGUCUCUCUGUUGGGAGCGGGGAUGCCCACUUUCCUCCUGGCAGGCUGUACUAGCCACGUGCCAGUCGCCUCGGAGUAUUUUCCCAUCAUGUGUUCCUUGCCUCGCUGGGUCGUUGAGCCCUCUGUAGUCUGUGAAAAUUCCCCCUGCUUGACCUGUAUCCUCCAGGUCUCCUGCUUCUUUGGCUUCCUGGUCUUCACCCCCCUUAUUCCUUGACCACACCCUGCUCAGACCUUGCUCUUGGCUGAUCCUGCUGUGUCGGAGGCUUUGAGAAGAGCGGACAGCUUCACGUGGAGGUACAGGGAGAGUUUGUCCUUGUUCAGUAGGAUACCGACUGCGGUGGGAACAGUUUGGGAGCCAUGGGCCGUCGGCUCAUCCAUGGUCUCUCUGGAGCCGCAAUCUUCCUUGCCAGUGUGGCUCUCCUUUCCGUGCGGCACCGUGGGGCUCAGGAAACAGCUCGGUAUCCAAGGCUCAGGGAGGGGAUGUUGGAGAAGCCAGAGCAACGAAGCAAAGUGAGCGCAGAGAAAGCUGGUGGCAGGGGGCAGAAGGACCUCAAAGUCCGUUCUCUGGAGGGAUACAGGACUGAGAGAAGCCUAACACUUGGAGACAUUUUCAUAGCUGUGAAGACAACCAAGAGAUUUCACCAGAGCAGGAUGGAGCUGCUUCUGGACACAUGGAUAUCGCAGGCCAGUGAGCAGACCUACGUCUUCACUGAUGAAGAAGAUGAUGCCUUGAAAAGGAGAAUGGGUGACCACGUGAUCUUCACCAACUGCUCUGCCGAGCACAGCCAUCUGGCCCUCUCCUGCAAGAUGGCAGCUGAGUUCGACGCCUUCCUGGUCAGCGGCCGGAGCUGGUUUUGCCAUUUGGAUGAUGACAACUACCUGAACCCUCAGGCCCUCCUGAAGCUCUUGUCCUCCUACUCUGAGACGUGGGAUGUUUACCUGGGGAAACCCAGCCUGAACCGACCCAUCCGGGCCUCUGAAACACUGCCAAACAACCAGACGAAAUCUGUGCGCUUCUGGUUUGCCACAGGAGGGGCUGGGUUCUGCAUCAGCCGCAAGCUGGCAAGCAAGAUGGUGCCGUGGGCCAGUGGCAGGAACUUCCUGACCACUUCAGAGCUCAUCCGCCUGCCGGAUGACUGCACCAUGGGUUACAUCAUUGAGUGCAAAGUUGGUGGGCAGCUGCUGCCCAAUGCCCUCUUCCACUCCCACCUGGAGAACCUGCAGCUCAUCCCCACCUCUCAGCUCAUCCAGCAGGUCACCCUCAGCUACGGUGUCUUUGAGAACAAACUCAAUGUUAUUGAGCUCAGCGGCCCCUUCUCUCCACAAGAGGAUCCCUCAAGCAGGUUUCGAUCACUCCACUGUCAUCUCUAUCCUGACACCUCCUGGUGCCUGCAGCCUGUUGGCUGGUGAUGCCUGAGCCUCAGCUACAGUUGGUCCUAGUGAUACCUAUGCACCUUGUAGGGGAUGGGACAGUGAAGAAGCUUGGUGUCCUCAAUUUUGCCUUUUCUACAGUGGUCGUGGGGCUCUGUGAUGGCUUUUUUGGCCCUUGCUCAAUACUGGUGACACAGGACAAGAGACAGGAUCUGUCCCAAAGAUGGAUAACAUGGGCUGGACACAUGGAUGAGCUUCCCAUCUGUGC